GGAAGCUGUCAGCUCACGGACAGCAAACUCCCAAGCUUAAGUUCAGGGGAGCAGCAGCGUUAAGUCCUUCAGAGUGAGCGAGAGACGAGGGAAAGAGUCGGCAUGGCCCAGAAAAAUAACUUUCAAUUCUCCAUCAGGGAAUACGGACCCUCAGAUGAACAUGUGGUCAUGUCGCUCUUUCGCGACGGUGUACUUGAACACGUAUACCCGGCUUUCUUCAAGGCCAUGAGCCACCCAGACCAUGUUGGCGUUGCUCUGAGCAUUUCCAUGGCUGGUUAUGUGCUGGGCGGCAGCUCCUACUUCCAAGCUUUACUCUUUGGCAGUGCAUGGGCCGGCCUCAUUUAUUACUGCUGCCACGAGAUCUACCAAGGCUACAUGACGAGGAGGCUGAGCACAGACAUGGCUGACAUCCAAGCCAACUACCUGGAAAACCCAGAUAACGGUUUCUGGGUGGCAGAGGCGGACGUCAACGGCCAGUGCAAGGUGGUGGGGAUGGUGGCAGUGAAGGGGGAAAGAGGAAGGGAGGAAGGGGAGAGGUUCGAUGGCUGGAACGGGGGAGCGAUGGGAGGAGGCUCAGAGUUCGCCCAAGAUGCUGAUGAUGGGAGUUAUGGCGAGAUGUCCCACAUGGUUGUGGUGUUUCCAUGGCGCCGCAAAAACCUGGGUUCACAGUUGACAAGGAAGGCCCUCGACUUCUGCAAAGAGCGAGGGUACGCACGUCUCGUUCUGGACAGCAGCUCGCCACAGACGGCGGCCAUUUCCCUGUACCAAAAGUUUGGUUUCGCUCAAACCGCAUCCCACAGUAACACACAUGCUAACCGCUGGUUCGCCAAACUGGCCAGAAUUACCGUGAUGCGGAUGGAGAAGCUCAUUUGAUGGACUUUAGACGUUGGCACCUGAUACAACCUCCACUGUACAAUAAGAUUAUAUCGGUUAAUUUAUACUUCUUCCUCAUUUAACGCAAGUCAUAUCUCCAAGCUAGCUAUCAUGUAGU